ACAGCAAGCCAAUGAUCUUCUUCCCUCGUUUUCCACGUCUCUCUCUCUCUCUCUCUCUCUCUCUCUUCGACAACACAGGUAAGAACUCUCUCUCUCUCUCUCUCUCCUUUCAUUCCAAUGUUUUCUAAAUAUUCCGAGUAACAUAUAGAUAUAGAUAUCAUAUACAUAUGGAUUUGAACCAUAGAAAUCUGAUUGAAGACUCAACCUUGUGUGAAUCACUUUGUGAAAAAAAUGUUCCAAUCAAUUGCCCAAAAUCAUGUUCAGUUUUAUGUCCAGAAACAUGUGUAUCCUAUGAUCCAUAUUGCAUCUCUCCACCAACUUCUGUAAUCUCUUAUUCACACAAUCACCACAAAUUCUCAACUUUCUUGACCGUCACAAUUGUACUUCUCGCCGCCAGUUUCCUUGUGAUUUGUGGCUAUGUCUUCUACACAAAGUAUUACAACAAUUCGAGACGGCGAAACUCAUCACGUCAAUCUGAUCAUCGAAACCGUGAUGAUCACGAGUUUCUUGAUGAGGAACAUGGCCCUACGUUGGACCACCCGAUAUGGUAUAUUCGCACCGCCGGUCUUCAGCCGUCGAUAAUCAAUUCGAUCGCCGUUUUGAAGUACAAGAAAGGAGAAGGGCUUGUCGAAGGCACGGAUUGCUCUGUUUGCUUGAGUGAGUUUCAAGAAGAUGAGAGUCUUAGGCUUCUGCCAAAGUGUAGUCAUGCUUUUCAUAUUCCUUGUAUUGAUACUUGGCUUAGAUCGCACACCAAUUGUCCAAUGUGUCGUGCUCCGAUUGUGAUCAACUCGGUGAUCAGGACUUCUUUGCCGGAGCCGAGUAGUGUCGAUUCAGGUUCGGAGGAGGAAAUCCGGCCGGGGAAUUCGGAGAAUGAUGGCGAAAAUGACGCAGAAAUGGGGAGAGAUGAAGAAGGAAAGAGAGGAGAAAGUUCUGGUGAUAUUGAAGUUGUGUUGGAUAGGAUGUCACAGCCGAGUCGAAGAUCGUUUUCAUUGGACUGUUCAUCGGGCUGGAAGAUUAGCUCCGCUAUGUCGAAGGAAUGCGAUGGGAGUAUGGACAAGAAAAUGGAAACAGAUAACAAGUUGAGGUCUGCAAAUGGUGAGAAGAAAGUGGGUGGGAAUCAAAAGCUGCAGAGAAUGACAAGUAGUUCUUCUAAUGAAAGGUCCCUACAAAGUGGACCUGUUUCUAUGAAGAGGUCGGUUUCUUGGAGUGGGAAAUUCGUUUUGUGCAGGCAAAUAAAGAGCAGUGACUCAAUUCUUCCUCUGAGAAGCAUCUAAAGUGCGGCUAAGAUGCAAAAGAGUAUCGCAGACAUCAUCUGAUAUAAAAAACAUGCACUACCCGUAAGCGUCCUAUUGCAAUGGCUGCCAAGAUGUUCGAAAACCCGAAUCACUCGACAAAUUCUCGAAAACUCGAGACGUUACUGAAAUCAGGUUAUACAUACAAAAAAACUGUAAUAAUGUUUGUUGUUUUAUGUAAGUGAAGGUAGUAGUACAUUAGGAAAAUUAGGCUGGCCCAAAAUGGGGUUCAGCUUAUAGAAAGUGAGAGUAAUGCUGAGUAUGCCAUGAACUUGUUCUCUGAAGAGAGUCAAGCAAUUGUAAGUUAAACCUUUUCUUCUGUGGAA